AUGGAUCUUGCACACACGAAAACAGCCGACGAGAGCUGUGCCUUCUUCGGAGUUGAUGCAAAUGUCGGGCUUACUGAUGAUCAAAUUAAGAAAAACUUGGAAAAAUAUGGGCCGAAUGAGAUGCCUGCUGAGGAGGGUAAACCUCUGUGGGAACUCAUUUUGGAGCAGUUCGAUGACAUGUUAGUCAAGAUUCUGUUGUUAGCUGCUUGCAUUUCCUUUGUGUUAGCUUGGUUUGAGGAAAAUGACGAUCAGAUUACUGCCUUUGUUGAACCCUUUGUCAUCUUAACCAUCUUGAUUUGUAAUGCUGUUGUUGGCGUAUGGCAGGAACGUAAUGCGGAAAGUGCUAUUGAGGCUCUCAAAGAAUAUGAACCUGAAAUUGCCAAAGUUAUACGCCAGAACUACCGUGGUGUACAGAAGGUUCGUGCCAGCAACUUGGUGCCAGGAGAUAUUGUUGAUAUUUCUGUUGGUGACCAGGUUCCUGCUGAUAUUCGUAUCCUUAGGAUUUCCUCCACUACCCUCAGGAUUGACCAAGCCAUUCUCACUGGUGAGAGUGUCAGUGUAAUCAAGCACACAGACCCUAUUCCGGAUCCAAGGGCUGUCAACCAGGACAAGAAAAACAUUCUCUUCUCUGGUACUAACAUUGCCGCAGGUAAAUGCCGUGGUGUUGUCAUUGGCACUGGACUCUCCACUGAAAUUGGUAAAAUCAGGAAUGAAAUGAUGGAUACUGAAACAGAAAAGACCCCUCUGCAGCAGAAAUUGGAUGAAUUUUCUCAGCAAUUGUCCAAGGUUAUCACCAUCAUCUGUAUUGCUGUCUGGGCUAUCAACAUCGGUCACUUCAAUGACCCUGCUCACGGUGGAUCUUGGAUCAAGGGAGCUAUCUACUAUUUCAAAAUUGCUGUUGCCUUGGCUGUAGCUGCUAUUCCAGAAGGUUUGCCUGCUGUCAUCACCACUUGUUUAGCUUUAGGUACUCGCAGGAUGGCCAAGAAGAAUGCUAUUGUAAGGAGUUUGCCCUCUGUUGAGACCUUGGGUUGCACCUCUGUCAUCUGCUCUGAUAAGACUGGUACCUUGACCACCAACCAGAUGUCUGUCUGCAAGGCUUUCAUUUUCAGCAAGAUUGAGGGUAAUGACAUCUCCAGCUAUUCAUUUGACUUGACUGGCUCUACCUAUGCUCCAGAGGGUGAUCUCUUCAUUAAUGGUAAAAAGGUUCGAUCCCAGGACUUUAUUGGCUUGGAAGAAGUGGCCACCAUCUGUGCCAUGUGCAACGAUUCCAGUGUUGACUACAAUGAGUCUAAGGAUAUUUAUGAAAAAGUCGGUGAGGCUACUGAAACAGCUUUGUCCGUUUUGGUUGAGAAGAUCAAUUUUUAUAACACUGAAACUAGCCACUUAAACAAGAGGGAAGUUGCUACUGCCUGCAACCAGGUCAUCCAAAGCAUGUGGAAGAAGGAAUUCACCCUGGAGUUCUCUCGUGAUCGCAAAUCCAUGAGCGUCUACAUUGUUCCCAAUAAACCAUCAAAGGAAGGAACCAGAAUGUUUGCCAAGGGUGCUCCUGAAGGUUUGCUUGAUCGUUGCACCUCCGUCCGUGUUGGCAAAGAUAAGUUGCCCAUGACUCCUGCUGUGAAGAACGAGAUUUUGAAGGUCUGCAAAGCUUGGGGUACUGGCCGUGAUACUCUCCGUUGUUUGGCUCUUGCUACCAUUGAUAACCCACCCAAGGUUGAAAAUAUGGAUCUGGAGGACUCUCGCAAAUUCAUUGAGUAUGAGACUAACAUGACCUUUGUUGGCUGUGUUGGAAUGUUGGACCCACCAAGAACAGAAGUCUUAGACUCUAUACAGAACUGCCGUGCUGCUGGUAUCCGUGUAAUUGUCAUCACUGGUGACAACAAGGCCACUGCUGAAGCCAUCUGCAGACGUAUCGGUGUCUUCUCUGAGAAUGAAUCUACUGCUGGUCUGGCUUUCACUGGCCGUGAGUUUGAUGACUUGCCCCCAGAAGAACAGCGUGCUGCCGUUAUGAGAGCCCGUCUCUUCGCUCGUGUUGAGCCUGCUCACAAAACAUAG